CCACAUCCUGUCUUCAUCAUGCCCAUAUUUCAUGACGACCCUCCCGAAUCCACUCCACCCAGCCGGCAGGUCUCCCGACCUUCGCCUCCCAGAGAGUUGAGAAGAGCUUGGGACUUCCAGCCUGUGCAGAGUGGCUUCGACCCCAAUAUCGGUCCAACCAAGCACUCUGUGACCUCUCAUUUUGACCCUCCAUUUCCCAUGUCCGACCGCGCAGACUUGAUUGAACAGAUAAAGAGGGCAAACACCCCUGUAUGGCAGCAUAACACAACCCGCCAUCAUGACUCCAGGCCAUCCUCUCGGGAGGGUGCCAAAACUCCAGUUCGUUCUCCAAUCCGCAUCAGAUCCCCCCGGCCUUCAACACCUGAUCCUCUGCGGGACCAUGCGGCUGUGGGCCUGGAAAUCGAGCGUCCUAGGUCUGCCUUGCAUUCGGGCGAUUUCAGGGAAAAGAAGGAACGCACGACACAUGGUCAAGAUCUCAUAUCGAACACCGCACCUCUAGCCACCUCGCCCAUCGUACCCUGGCACCAAUCUUUUCCAGUAGCAGCACGUCCUCCGAGCAGAACGGGACCAUCUUUCUCUUUUACCGAUACCCGGCAUCAUCAUGAUCAGCCAACUACACGUGCCCGAGCGAUAUCACAGUCAUCUUUCGCUUCUUUUGCCUUCAUGCCCCCCACGAGCCCACUAGUACAGCAGUCCAACAACACAGAUCUCGAUUUUUCUUCAAGACCUGGGUCUCGACAAACCUCUCCAAGUCCAGAAAGGACCAAUAGGCGCCACACCUUCUCGCCGCAAUCAUUCUCUACUUACAGUUCUACCGACAUGGCGAGGUCCGCCUCUAGCAACGUCGCCGUCGCCCGCCCUAGGAGAGGAACAAUAAUACCCGCGCAGGCGCACCAACCUCGACGGUCCAUCGUCUCUUUCCAGGCAUUUCCACCUUACUCGAAUCCACAAACACCAUUUCCAGGCUCACGGCAAUCUUCAAUAUCGUCCGAGGUCUCACCCUUGCAUCACGCUCCCAUGGUCGGUUCGUACGAGGAAUCGAUACUGCGAGGCAGAAUGUCCACGACUCCGUCUCGGCCUUUGAACUUCAUAGCCAAGAUUGGUGUGCUUGGGAAAGGGCAAUGCAAGUCCAACUUGAAAUGUCCCCCGCACAUAGCCAUACCGUUUCCCGCUGUGUUCUACAGUUACAGUACCGGCAAUGGUCGAAUAUCAGAUGACUCACCAAGUCCGUAUGUUGGACUCAUAGAUUUGGAAAACUCUCUGUCGCCUCCAGAUGAAAGUAAAGAAUCGACUGGGACUAGGCGGAAAAGACGACAGACUACUUCGAAUACAGGCACGGAAGAAUUUAGUUUCAUAGCAGACUCGGAAGAGUUUGGAUCCCGGUCGCGAAUUCAGGAAGGUAUCCGCCGCCGGGAAAAGAAGAAAAGACGAUCCACCUCACCUAAAGCACCGCCUGGCGGAAGUUACCGCAUUCCUCAGGUGGGCCAGCUGCAGAUUGUCAUCAAAAACCCCAAUAAAACGGCCGUCAAGUUAUUCCUUGUUCCUUAUGAUCUCUCCGAUAUGGAACCCGGCCAGAAGACAUUCGUUCGACAGCGCAGCUAUUCAGCGGGUCCCAUCAUCGAUAUGCCUCUAUCGUCUCGCAAGAAUUUCGGCACAGAUCGCCCAGAAGCCGCACUUAGCAAUUCCGACGAUCCAAACGAUCGGCCUAUCCUGCGAUAUCUUAUACAUUUGAACAUGUGCUGCCCGUCGAAAGGCCGGUACUAUCUAUACAAGAGCAUUCGCGUGGUUUUCGCCAACCGGGUGCCAGAUGGCAAGGAGAAGCUUCGCAACGAGAUCCAGCUCCCGGAACCGCGCUUCAGCACGUACAAAGCCACGCGCGAUCCGCCCGCCUCUCAAGCCUCUUCGUCGGCAGCUGCUCAACUGACGGCCGAAAAAGCAAUGAAGCGUCGCAGUGCCGGUAUCCCGUGGGCUCACCAAGCCUACGACCAAUUAGACGGUCUCAACCCAGCCUUUCAAUAUCAUCACCCUCCACCGUUCCCCCCUCCAGCCGUGCAGUUCACUGGCGGACCUUCCCCUCGCUCCAGCAGCAACUUCAAUCCCACCCCUCAAGAUGCAUUCACGCCCAUUCCCUUCAGUCUGCCUCGCACACCCCCUUCCACCUCCCGGCCGCUAUCUCGUGCCAUGGAUGUGGACGAGCAUGGUUCUUUCGAAUCUCGCGCCGCUGACGACGUGAAAAGCAACGAACAAAGCAGCGCCACCGCGUUCGAGAAGCGAAACGUCGAUGCUUUUAGCGGCGUGACAUCUCCCGGAACUGGACUGCUUGCGAAAAGGCUGCAGGGUUUGGAUGUCCAACGAGGGGGUCGAGGGACGGGGAGUAUGUGA